AUGCACAACACAACAACUGAUGAGCUGCUACCUGAUCCUAGCAAGUAUCAAAGACUACUAGGCAAGCUUCUUUAUCUGACUGUCACAAGACUAGACAUAGCCUUCAGUGUACAGACACUAAGUCAGUUCAUGCAGAAACCCAAAAGAUCUCAUAUGGAGGCUGCACAAAGAGUAGUCAGAUAUGUGAAGAAUCAACCUGGACAAGGCAUACUGUUAUCCACUGAGAAGAAGAACAUAGUCACAGCCUAUUGUGAUGCUGACGGGGUAGCCUGUCCCCUCACUAGAAAAUAUGUAAUUGGAUUCUUCAUUAUGUAUGGUGACUCACUAGUGUCCUGGAAGUCUAAGAAGCAGAGCACUAUUUCUAGGAGUUCUGCAGAAUCAGAAUACAGAAGUAUUGCAUCAACUGUGGUAGAAAUAGUUUGGAUACUUGGACUAUUUAAAGAUAUUGGAGUACCUGUUGCUCUUCUUGUAACCAUUCACACUGACAGCAAAGCAGCAAUUCAGAUAGCUGCAAAUCCAGUAUUCCAAGAACGUACCAAACAUAUUGAGAUUGAUUGUCAUUUUAUAAGAGAGAAAAUACAAAAUGGACUGGUGAAGACAGAGUAUGUUUCCACAAAGGAACAACUUGCAGAUGUUCUACAAAAGGCUUGA